GAACCGAGCUUUCUAAAAGCAAUUCCAAACAGCACAAAAAUCAAAAUGAGCAAAAUCGUUGCUGUCGUCGUCCUAGCUGCCUUCUGCGUAGCCAUGUUGGUCAGCGAUGUGUCCGCCAAAACAUCAAUCAGUGUCAAAGGCGAAUCGAACGUGGAUGUCGUUUCCCAAAUCAACAGUUUGGUUUCAUCUAUCGUGUCUGGUGCCAACGUGUCAGCAGUACUCCUAGCUCAAACUUUAGUUAAUAUCCUGCAAAUUCUUAUCGACGCUAAUGUUUUCGCUUAAUUUAUAUAUUCUUUAGCUUUGUAUUGCGCGCAUACAACGCAUUCGAAUAAAGUAAUUAAUAAAAUUC